UCUCUCAUCAAAUACCCUACUGUAUUUAGGGUACGUGCCGGAAGAAGCGAGGCUGGACUGGAGACGUGCACCGGGGUCCAGGACGCUGCUGGGACGGGAUUCUUACUGUACAGAUAUUUUAUAAGCCGAGCCGAAGAUGCCGGGGAACUGGAGGAUCCUGUUUUUCCACGUGUGCAGCAGCAGAUUCCUUUUGCUCUGGAUCCUCGUCGGCUUGAAUGUGGAGGAGGUGGCGGGGUCCCAGCAAGGGAUCCCUCUGUCAGUCGUGAAGCUCUGGGCUUCGGCAUUUGGUGGAGAAAUUAAAUCCAUUUCUGCAAAAUAUUCUGGAUCCCAACUACUGCAAAAGGAGCUGUGGGCUAUCACAGCGCCGCGUCCUGGGACCAACUCCAGUUCUGAGGCCAGUGCCUCAGUCAAGGGCAAUAGCAGGAUUAAUCCUAAAAACGCUGCAUGUCUUGGAACGUGGGAGGAAAGAGGAGGAACCAGAGGAAGUCCACGCAAACAUGGGGAGAGCGUUCAAACUGCAUAUAGAAAGCGGCUCCUGGGUCCAAACCUAGGACCUCCUUGCUCUGAGAAAUAUAAAGACUUUGAAAAGUCAGUCACAGUGGAGGAAAUUGAUGGUGUAAAACUGGUCAAAAACCUGGCUUUGAAGAUGGAGGAAGUUUUCCGAAAAAAAGCGGAGGCUACCAGGCGGCUGGUGGAGGCAGCAGAAGAAGCGCACCAUCAGCAUGAGGAUAAUCCCGACCUGCAGUAUGAGUACUUCAACGCCGUACUGAUCAAUGAAGUGGACGAGGAAGGCAAUAACGUAGAGCUGGGAGGAGAGUUCCUCCUGGAGCCCAACGACCAUUUCAAUAACCUAUCAGUCAACCUGAGCCUCAGUGUGGUGCAGGUGCCCACCAACAUGUACAACAAAGAUCCUGACAUAGUGAACGGAGUGUACUGGUCCGAGGCUCUGAAUAAAGUAUUUGUAGAUAAUUUUGAAAGAGACCCAACACUAAUCUGGCAAUACUUUGGGAGCGCCAAGGGUUUCUUCAGACAGUACCCUGGAGUAAAGUGGCAUCCAGAUGAACAUGGUGUCAUUGGCUUUGACUGUAGAAACAGGAAGUGGUACAUUCAGGCAGCAACAUCUCCGAAAGAUGUUGUUAUCUUAGUCGAUGUUAGUGGAAGUAUGAAAGGACUUAGGCUAACCAUCGCCAGGCAGACUGUGUCCUCCAUAUUAGAUACACUUGGAGAGGACGACUUCUUCAACAUCAUUGCAUAUAAUCAGGAGAUCCACUAUGUGGAGCCUUGUUUGAAUGGCACGCUGAUCCGAGCCGACAGAACCAAUAAAGACCAUUUCCGCGAACAUCUGGACAAGCUGUUUGCCAAAGGGAUUGGGCUGCUGGGUGACGCAUUGGCCGAAGCGUUCACAAUCCUGAGUGAUUUUAAUCAGACUGGACAUGGCAGCCUGUGCAGCCAGGCCAUAAUGCUUGUGACUGACGGGGCGACUGAAAUGUAUGACGACGUUUUUGAGAAGUACAAUUGGCCAGAAAGAAAGGUGCGAAUAUUCCCAUACCUGAUUGGACGAGAAUCUGCAUUUGCUGAUAACCUCAAAUGGAUGGCUUGUGCCAACAAAGGAUAUUUCAGUCAGAUCUCCACCUUAGCAGACGUUCAGGAGAACGUGAUGAGGUAUCUUCACGUCAUGAGCCGCCCGAAGGUUAUUGACCACGAGCACGACACAGUGUGGACUGAAGCUUACGUGGACAGUGCUCUUUCCCAGGCUCAUAAGUUGAAAAACAAAGCAGGCCCAAGUCUGAUGACUACAGUAGCCAUGCCUGUCUUCAGCACAAAGAAUGAAACGAAGAACCAGGGUAUUCUGUUGGGGGUCGUAGGAACAGACAUCCCUCUGCAGGAGCUGAUGAAGCUCAUCCCUAAACAUAUGUUAGGAAUCCAUGGGUACGCAUUUGCUAUCACAAACAAUGGCUACGUCCUGACACAUCCAGACCUCAGGCCUUUGUAUCAGGGCAGCCAGAAGAGGAGGAAGCCCAACUACAGCAGCGUGGAUCUCUCUGAGGUGGAAUGGGAAGACAAAGAUGAUUUUCUACGCAAUGCUAUGGUGAACAGGAGGACAGGGACUUUCUCUAUGGAGGUGAAGAAAACGGUGGAUAGAGGGCGGCGUGUCCUGAAAAUGCACAAUGACUAUUACUUCACUGACAUCAAAGGAACACCAUUCAGUGUCGGAGUGGCUCUCUCCAGAGGUCAGGGAAAGUACUUCUUCCGAGGAAAUGUAUCAGUUGGAGCCGGGCUCCGUGAUCUGGAACAGCCAGAUGUCGCCCUGGCAAAUGAAUGGACUUACUGCAACACAGAAGAGCAGCACGAGCACCGUCACCUGACCCAGAUUCAAGCCAUCAAGCUCUUCAUGACAGGCCGCAGACCACACCUGAGAUGUGACAGAGAGCUGAUCCAGGAGGUGUUAUUUGAUGCUGUGGUCACUGCUCCACUGGAGGCCUACUGGACUGGAUUGGCCCUCAAUAAGUCAGAGAACUCAGACAAAGGAGUGGAGAUUGCCUUCCUGGGUACACGCACCGGCUUGUCAAGGACCAACCUGUUUGUACCUGCUGAUCAGCUCUCCAAUCAAGAUUUCCUGACAGCUGAGGACAAGGAGGGAGUGUUUAAUGCUGAUCACUUCCCACUGUGGUACAAGAGAGCUGCAGAGCAGGUCCCCGGCACAUUUCUCUACUCCAUACCCUUCAGCACAGCUUUAGAAAAUAAGAGUGUGGUUUUGGCCAGCACAGCAAUUCAGCUCCUCGAUGAUAGAAAGUCUCCAAUUGUUGCAGCUGUGGGGAUCCAGAUGAAGCUUGAAUUCUUUCAGAGGAAGUUCUGGACUGCCUGCAGACAGUGUACAGCUCUAGAUGGAAAAUGUAGCAUAAGCUGUGAUAACGCGGACAUUAACUGUUAUCUCAUUGACAACAAUGGCUUCAUUCUUGUCACUGAGGAGCAAUCUCAGACAGGGCUCUUCUUUGGGGAGGUGGAGGGUGCGGUUAUGAACAAACUUCUGCAAAUGGGGUCAUUUAAAAGGAUCAUGCUGUAUGAUUACCAGGCCCUUUGCAAAGACUACGCUGGGAGCAGCGACAGUGCACGAACUCUCUCAGAUCCCUUCACUGUUGUUAAGUGGCUCCUGACUGAACUUAUCAUUUUUCUGCUCGAAUUUAACCUGUACAGCUGGUGGAAUGUGGAUCUUUCAGUUAAAGCUCAAAGAUCUCGGGGUAAAACCAUGAUGGUGCCGUGUGAUACAGAAUACCCUGCCUUUGUCUCUGAACGCACCAUCAAAGAAACAACAGGCAACAUUGACUGUGAGGGCUGUAUCAGAUCUUUUGUCAUACAGCAGAUUCCCAGCAGCAACCUCUUCAUGGUUGUUGUGGACAAUAAGUGUGACUGCAGCAGUUCUCCUCCAGUAACCAUGGAUCCCAUCGAGAUCAUGUACAACGAGUCACUUAAAUGUGACCGACUGAAGUUUCAGAAGGACAGAAAAAAGCCUGAAUCAUGCCAUCCUUUCCACCCUGAGGAAAAUGCCAUGGAGUGUGGUUCAGCAACACGACUCUCCAGUCGUCUAACAGCAGCUCUGCUCCCUCUGAUAGCAGCGACCAUCAGCAGGUGACCAUCAGCAGCAGAACUGCACAUCAGUAAGGACUAAAUCAACAAGAAGAUGCUUAUAAAAACAUAGAGAACAUGGCCAAUCAGAAAGGAAUUUGCUCACAUCGCUGCAACAGGCAGCACUCUAUUAAGAAAAAAGAUCUCUAUCUGUAGCACAGAGACUCUCAUCCAUUAAUGCAGAAAACAUAAGCGAUGUGGUGCAGCAAAAGAAAAUGAGAAUAAUGGGAGUGCUCGGUGACUUUGCUCAAAGCACUGCCAAUUACGCCACUGACAGUUUUACAUAGUGUUCUGAAUGAGUGCUGAAAUAACAGAAAGAAAUACAGUAUGCCAACAGUAAAAACAAAGUAUUUUGCUGGUAUUUUGUGCUAAGGAUGAAAGUACUGUAAGAAAUAAUAUGUUGUUGUUUUUGUUGUGAGUGAAAAAAAUGAAGGCUAAUGUAACAGUCUGCAGAAUGUAAAAUGCACUUUGUCAUAUGUGAAAAGAAUGCAGAGCGGUCAAUAUUUUGGCAGUGAAUUGCUGAAAAAACUAAUUGUUUUUAGUGUCUGUAAUAAUACGGAUAAUGUAAAAUAAUUAAGACAACAAUAAAAUUAGAACUUGCUUUAAUCUGCCAGUUUUUCCUUGUUUUAAAGCAGAAGACAUUUUAGACAAGCUAAAGAUGCAUGAAGAUCACAGAAUGUUACAUUGAUAUAACCAGCCAUAAUUUGUCAAGUUGUCCACGUACUCUUGACCCCAUGUUUAAGAAAGCUGAUAAAUAAACAGAGAGAAAUA